UAACCUGCGGGUGCGCUUGCAUUGUUAUAUUUGUACAUGGUUGUAUUUUAACAUGCGCUAUAGCCUAAUAGUUUUAGUAAAAAUCGUUUUGAAACUUAAAUGAGAGUGUAUAAAAACUAUUACAACUUUAACAGACCUUAGUAUUCCAUCGGUUUAUGUUUUAAAAUAAAUUGUUGUACACAAAAAACAUUUAAAUUUAAAUAUUUUUUGGCGGUAUACCGUGACGGGAGCAACGAUGAGACAGAUAAUCUAUGUCCAAUAUGACUUGUCUUAUUCUAUUCACGUUUGUUAAAUAUUCUUAUUUAAUUAUUAAAUUAUCACCGAGAACUCAUUCCAACAGCCGUAAGUGCAUUUCAUUCAAACCUGACGGGUCCGUUAUCCUUUACGGUGUAAUUAUUGUAUUUCCGUAAAUCGAAACUCAUUACCAUAUUGUUUGUGUUUCCGACGAAAUGGCCACCAGGUUAAAGUAUUUGUGCUUGAAAUGUAUACAGAUCAAAGUGUACACCAAUUAUUUUAAUCUUUCGCGGAGCUUAAGUGUUACGAGCCAUGGUAAACAUGCAGCCACUGUUCACCAACGUCAUUUCCAUACGUCGCCUAUCAAUUGGAAUAAUGAUGACUCUGGAACGGAGCGCGAUCAUACAGGUCAAACAGGCAUACUCUGCCCAAAUUGCAAAACUACCAGCUCCAAUUUAGAGUUAUUUUUAACUUCCAAUCGAUUUUUGAUAUGUCAGCGUUGUUAUCAUAUAUUCAAAGUGAUUUCUGCUGAAGAAAAUAAAUACAAACCACCUCCAAUUCCAAAAGAAAUUUUUCUAAACCUGAAUAAUUAUGUGAUUGGUCAAGAGUUGGCCAAGAAAGUGUUGGCUGUGGCUGUAUAUAAUCAUUGUAAACGUAUUAUUUACAACAUUAUUGGACCACAAAAAAAUGAUUUGAUUGACCAACAGUUACUUGAUAAAAUGCAAAACUCUAGAGAAAAUGUUACUGUCAAUCAUACAUUAGGAAUGCCACAAAAAAAUGAUAAAAAAAUUAGUCAAGAUGAAGAUAAAAUUACUUCUACAUUUGAAGAUACACUUUUAGAAAAAAGUAACAUUAUAUUGCUAGGACCAACAGGAUGUGGGAAAACAUUGUUAGCCCAAACUAUAGCGAAGCAAUUAGAUGUACCAUUUGCAAUCUGUGAUUGUACUAAUUUAACUCAAGCCGGCUAUGUCGGAGAGGAUAUUGAAAGUGUAAUAGGUAAACUACUACAAGCUGCUAAUCAUGAUGUUGAAAAAGCUCAGACAGGUAUUGUUUUCUUAGAUGAAAUUGACAAAAUUGGUGCAGUCCCUGGAAUUCAUCAACUGAGAGAUGUUGGAGGUGAAGGAGUUCAACAAGGAAUGUUAAAGAUGUUGGAGGGAACUGUUGUUAAUGUACCUGAAAAAAAUAGCAGAAAACUUCGCAAUGAAACAGUACAAGUAGAUACAACUAAUAUCUUGUUUGUUGCUUCUGGUGCAUUUACAGGUCUUGAUAGACUUAUAAGUCGCAGAACAAAUCAGAAAAGUCUAGGAUUUGGAGUAGGCAUUGAUACUGCAAUGGGAAGUAGACGGGCUGCUGCUGAAGCUGAUCGUACAGAAUCAUUAACUUCUUACACAGAUAUCGAAAAAGAAAAUGCUGAACGAGAUGGAUUGUUGAAAAAAGUAGAACCAAGGGAUUUAAUUCAAUUUGGAAUGAUACCUGAAUUUGUGGGAAGGUUUCCAGUCUUAGUGCCAUUCCACUCUUUAAAUAGAAAUUUACUUGUACGAAUUCUCACUGAUCCUAAAAAUAGUACAAUUAAACAAUUCAAACUUCUAUUUGACUUGGACAAGGUUGAAUUAACUUUUACUGAUGAUGCACUUAGAGUUAUUGCUUCACAAGCAUUAGAAAAAAAAACUGGAGCUCGGGGACUACGAGCAAUUGUGGAAUCCAUUUUAUUGGACCCUAUGUAUGAAAUACCGGGAUCAGAUGUUGUUAGUGUACAUGUCACAGAAGAUGCUAUCAAUGGAAAAAUUAUUUUACUGUAUGAGAGGUUGUCCAAUUGA